ACUUCUCACAAGCUCCCCUGCUCUUUGCUGAUCGAACCAUUUGGAAUAUCAGCUGUACAUUCCUUCCUCGAGCCGGCUACGAGAAUCACCUUCUUUCAAACUCAACAUUGACGAUCCGUCACAUUCCAACAGCUUACACAGCACGGACAACACCAAGGAUCCCUCCACCUACCUACAUCCUUCCUUUACGGUAGCCAAGACCACCAAGAAUCAACCAUCAUCAGUUUCUCGUUGACGAGAGACAUAUCACAAUCCUUUUCGAACUUCAUCCGCCGUCAACAUGAAGUCGACCACUGUCAUCAUCAGCCUCUUAGCUUCGUUUGCUGUUGCCCAGCCUCGCCACGGCCUUAACCACCAGAAGAAGGACCACGGUCACCACCACAAGCGUUCUCUUGUCACGGAAUGGGUGACUGAAACCGUCUAUGAGACCGUCACCAAGUACAUUGACGUGACCGCCACCGAGGUGAUUGUUCCUCCAAAGGCCACUUCAACCCUCAUCACUUCCGUCUCGCAGGCCCACUCCAGCGCUGCGGCCGUCGUCCCCGUGGUUCCCGCCUCUUCUGCCAAGGUUGAGGCUCCUGCUCCUGCUUCUGAGACCACCAGCUCUAGCCAGGCCGCCCCUCCGGUCCAGACAGUCGCUCCUGCCCCUCUUUCCGUGGAGAGCUCGUCUGCUCCGGCCCCUGUUGUUCAGCCCACCACCGCGUCGGUUGCCUCUCCACAGGCCGUUGAGUCUUCUACGACGGAGUCUACUUCCAGCACAAGUAGCUCCCACAAUGGCGACCUCACCUACUACGAUGUCGGUUUGGGUGCCUGCGGCUUUGAUGACAACGGCUUGGACAUGUCCGAUAACAUUGUGGCCCUUUCCCACGAGAUGAUGGGUACCCAGUCCAACGGCAACCCCUACUGCAACAGGAAGGUUGUCAUCACGGCCAAUGGCAAGACCGUUACCGCCACUGUUCGUGACAAGUGCAUGGGAUGUGCCUUUAACGACAUUGAUGUUUCCAAGAAGGCCUUCCUUGACGUCUUUGGCGCCCUUACCGACGGCCGCAAGAAGGUCGAAUGGGCUUUCUCCGACUAAAGAAAUGGUCACACCAUCAACUGCCUUCACAGCAAGGCCAUUUACUCAUUUUCGCUUCUCACAUAGGCGCGUGGACUUGUUUACCGCGCAUUGGAAAAAAAAAAACUGGUUCACGCGGAUCUUCUCCAGCGUCUCUUUUGGACAAAGGACGGAGCGAUUCGCAGGGCGAUGAUGACUUUUACGACUCUUUCUUCCCUAGCCCUUUUGUUCAUGCUUUUUUUCAUGGUCAAUUCUUUUUGGCAAUUGAACAUAAGAGCGUCACACAAAGGGGAGGCGGGACAACCACUUAGAAAAGAUACCACACACACAAAGACACAGAACGGAACGGCGACUGGCGCGCGGGAACGGAUUGGAAAACAAAAGCCCCCUUGAGGGGCGCGCAACGACAAAAAGGAUUGGCGCUGGAACUUUCUUCCGCAAUGAAAAUGUGGUCUUCUUUCUGUCGAACGAUUUGAUGACAAAACUUCAAAACUUCUUCAGGCUUGUGCCAAACCCUUUUACCAGGUACAUGGUCCCAUCUCAGACACACUAACGUCAAUUACCAUCCAUGGUGGUGGUACUAAGCUAUAAGUGGGCUGAGCAGCAGGGAAGCUAUCUGUUUCACCUUCUUCUUCUUCUGAUGUAGAUACCUCUUUUUCGGAAAAACAUUGGCGGAGUAUUUUAUGGGGGGAUCGAAUGAAAAUGAGACAUUCACUUUCACUCUCUUGAC